UAACUUGUCUGACCUUUAGGCGGCUCUAUUUGCAUACUUCAUUUUAGUGUUUAAUGACACGCCUAUCGCUUCUGCAUUUUCCCCACUGUGGCCUGGCCCUUGGUGUGCCUGACCUAGACUAGUAAAACCUUCUAGCUCCCCACAAAGCACUCCCAGCAUUUGCUGGUGAUAAAAGAGCCAGUAACACACUUCUGUGUGUCCUUCCUUUUCACUGAGCUAUAUAGUCCCUUUUAUAGAUAUAAUUCGACAGGUGAAAAAAGGGACACAGCUGGUGCCUCUGCCAGAAAGGAGUGGGGAGUUCCCAGAGAAAAAGAAAAGGGAAGGAAGAAGGGACCUCCCAUGAGACCAAAAGUACAGAGAGCAAGCCCUGAGCUUCUCCUGAAGACCCUGAAACAGAGCCCCAGGAAGAGGUGAUGACAAAAGACACGGCUUCUCAAGCCUCACAAGAGGAAGUGGACCCAAGAGACAUGCAUCGAGAACUUUUUGGAAGUUGGAGGGAAGAGGACACUCAGAGGGAGGUGUUGCCCUCAGCAAGGACGCUGGCAUGCCCUGGACUCAACGGGAACAGGGGAGGUGUUCCCAGAAGCACCAGCUCCUGGACAGCUCAGAACUCUGACUUGGAUCCUGACCAAAGAGUGCCCAACCGCUAAAUAGGCUGAGGGCCCAUUUCUCUAAGGCCCGCAUCCCUCCCUCGGGGUGCGCCCUGCCCCUCCCUGAGUCACCCCAGGGAGAGAGGGGGGAAAAAAGGGAAGAGAAAAGCUGCAUUGACUACAGCGGAAGGAAAAGGAAACAGAGGAGGGAGGAGAGAGGCCAGGCAGGAGUGGGUGACAGAGAAGCCCGAGAGGGCAGAUCUAGGGCAAAUCUAGGGCAGGGGGAGGUCGAGGAAGGGCAGACCGAGCAUCCCAAGGUGCCCCAAGAGCAGGACCCGGGGGCGGGGAACCCAGGGGGCGGACCGGCCAUGUCCCACGGGACCUACUACGAGUGUGAGCCCCGGGCUGGCCAGCAGCCACUCGAAUUCUCAGGGGCCCGAGCGGGGCCUGGGGAGCUGGGGGACAUGUGUGAGCAUGAGGCCUCCAUCGACCUCUCUGCCUACAUCGAGUCUGGGGAGGAGCAGCUUCUCUCGGACCUCUUCGCUGUGAAGCCAUCACCGGAGGCCCGAGGCCUCAAGGGCCCCGGAACCCCUUCUUUCCCCCACUACCUGCCACCUGACCCUCGGCCCUUCGCCUACCCCCCACAUACCUUCGGCCCCGACAGGAAGGCGCUGGGACCCGGCAUCUACAGCAGCCCGGGGAGCUACGACCCCAGGGCUGUGGCUGUGAAGGAGGAGCCUCGGGGCCCCGAGGGCAGCCGCGGGGCCGGCCGCAGCGGCUACAAUCCUCUGCAGUACCAAGUGGCACACUGUGGGCAGACGGCCAUGCACCUGCCCCCGGCUCUAGCAGCGCCCAGCCAGCCCCUGCGUGUCCUCAAGGCCCCUAUGGCUGCUGCCGCGGCCCCCUGCAGCCCCCUCCUAAAGGCUCCCUCUCCAGCUGGCCCCUCGCACAAGGGCAAGAAGGCGGUCAACAAAGACAGCCUGGAGUACCGGCUGCGGCGGGAGCGGAACAACAUUGCCGUGCGCAAGAGUCGGGACAAGGCCAAGAGGCGCAUCCUGGAGACGCAGCAGAAGGUACUGGAGUACAUGGCGGAGAACGAGCGCCUCCGCAGCCGCGUGGAGCAGCUGACCCAGGAGCUGGACACCCUUCGGAACCUCUUCCGCCAGAUCCCCGAGGCCGCCAACCUCAUCAAGGGUGUGGGGGGUUGCAGCUGAGUCCAGCCGGCAGACUGUGGGCACCUUACCCCCCGGCCUGCCCCUGGGGACCCCUGCUCUGCUGGGGUUCUAGAGCCCCUCACAGGCCAAGCCUAAGACAUACAUCCUGGACAAAUGGCAGCAGGUGGCAAGGGAGGAGGGCGGGCCUCAGCAUUAUGAUUCUGAAGCUGAAUAAAAUUGCACUAUGACUUGGUA